GGGAAUAGCAGCUCAGUAAAAUAAUAUUAGUACAUUUUUUUUACUUGUUUCCUAUUUCAAUUUAAAACACAUUCUGCAAUGGGGAAUAAGCACGAUCCCUUCCAAAUUAACAAUUUUUAAUUUCUCCUAUUGGUAUCCACAAGAUUUAACAAUUGCUUCCUUUCUUGCUUUCCACCCUCCAUUUUGUUCUUAGAUAAGGAACAUGAGAGUACAACAUGCUGCUGGAUUCCACCCGAGAAGCACCUUGUCAGAACCACGAAGGGAAUAUAAACAGAUCCUUGAAUGCCAGAAGUCUAAAGUCCUUUUCAACUACAGUGGAAAAUAUACCUCCAUCCGUUUACCAAAGAAUGAAGCUACACUUUGCAGAAAUUUUUUCAAAGGCCUUCUGAACCUGUUAAUUGUCACACCACCACGGAACCAUAGAGAAUAUGAAGUACUGGAGGAUGGACUUGAAGGCGAGUGCAACACCAGGUAUGUUCUCUACGAGGAGAAGAAGAACAGCAACAUCUAUUUGUUUAACAAAUUCAGGGACUUGAACAACUGCAAACAAAAAAUUAUGCUGACUGUUGGAAUCCCCUACCUCCAGCUCUUCCAGCAACCCAAUUGCUUCCAAAGAGAGAAAUUUGUUCAAGGUGCAUCUGCCUUACUCAUCAAAGUGAAGCGUGACAGUAAAGGUGACCUGAUCACUGAAGUCAAGUCUGAACAAGUAUUGGACUUCCCUCUAGGCGGAGUGGAUGCUACUGGAUAUAUGAAAGCUGAGUAA